UGGGGCGGGGGCCAGGAUUGAGAAGGAGACUCAUGUCUCAUUUGGAGCAGCUCUGCAGAGCAGCACACCGGCGGGCACCAUGGCAGGCUCCCCAGACCAGGAGGGCUUCUUCAACCUGCUGAGCCACGUGCAGGGCGGCCGGAUGGAGGAGCAGCGCUGCUCACUGCAGGCGGGGCCGGGCCCAGCCUCCGAGAGCCGUGAGAGUGGGCAGGGAGAGAGUGGCCCUGCACCCGAGAUGGACAGUCUCAUGGACAUGCUGGCCAGUACCCAGGGCCGCCGCAUGGAUGACCAGCGUGUGACAGUCAGCGCCUUGCCUGGCUUCCAGCCUGUGGGCCCCAAGGAUGGAGUGCAGAAACGAGCCGGGACCCUCAGCCCCCAACCCCUCCUCACCCCUCAGGACCCGACUGCACUCAGCUUCCGUCGAAACAGCAGCCCCCAGCCCCAGACACAAGCCCCAUGA